GUUCCGACACAACCAUUUCUUUUGGCUACGCGCCUCAGCGCGACCAUGGUCUCUCACAGUUUCAGGUCCCACCCGCAUUGCCUCUCUUCCGAAUGAUAAGGCAGCUCGUGGGAGCUGGUGUGUGAAACGGGUAGAAGUAGAACAUUUCUUGAAAAAGGUAAAAGCACGUCAGAGAUGCCUCAGCAGCAGCAGAUGAGCCGGCGAUUUAAGAAUGAGCUUAAGACCGACAAAGGAAUUGCAAGCCUCCGGCAUCGACAUCUCCAGCACCAUCUGCUACAGAUCUGGGACGGUCGGGCCUCACGCUCCUCGGAUGCGACGUCUCUCGAGGAGGAUUUGAGAGGGUGAGGAGGAGGAGAGGAGGUAGUGAUGAGUUCGAAGAGCAAAGGAGGAGGAGAUACUGUGGCGAGGAGAUGGACCCUUCUGCUUUGCCUGGGAAGCUUCGUCACUGGCCUCCUCUUCACCAACAGAAUGUGGACGGUGCCUGAAGCAAAAGAUAUAAUCAGAGCAAACAAGGCCAAAGAACAUAGAGAAGAGCUCGUUGUAGAAGGAUAUUAUUCAAAAAUAAUGGACCAGAAGGAAGAGGCGAGAAAAAUUCUGGGGGAAGAAGGCUCAACAACUGAAGAUGACCUUCAAAUGCUAAAUAAAGCAAUAUCAAACUUAGAGAUGGAGCUAGCAGCAGCAAAGAUGGCACAGGAGUCUAUACUCAAAGGUUCUCCUAUUCCACAAGAACUGAAGGUUAUUAAAACAAGAAGACACAAAUAUUUUAUGGUUAUAGGAAUUAAUACUGCUUUUAAUAGCCGCAAACGAAGAGAUUCAGUUCGUGAUACGUGGAUGCCACAAGGUGAAAAAAGAAAGAAGCUAGAAGAAGAGAAGGGCAUUGUCAUCCGCUUUGUUAUCGGUCAUGGGAACACAAGGCAUGAAAGCACUACUCAGGAUAUGCUCUUGAUUUUAGCUGUGCCACUUCUGGUGGAAUUCUGGAUAGAUCAGUUGAAGCUGAGGACAAAAAGCAUGAAUCAUGUUGAAGGAUACCUAGAGUUAUCAGCCAAAACAAAAACAUAUUUUGCCACCGCUUUCUCUUUGUGGGAUGCAGAGUUCUAUGUUAAAGUUGAUGAUGAUGUACAUGUGAAUAUAGCAACAUUGGGAAAUACUUUAGCAAGACAUCGUUUGAAACCUCGAGUAUAUAUUGGAUGCAUGAAGUGUGGUCCUGUCCUUGCUCGAAAGGGGGUGAGAUAUUAUGAACCUGAACACUGGAAGUUUGGAGGGGAUGGCAACAAAUACUUCCGACAUGCUACUGGUCAAUUGUAUGCCAUUUCGAAUGAAUUGGCCGCCUAUAUAUCCAUAAACCAGCAUAUACUGCACAAGUAUGUGAACGAGGAUGUAUCACUAGGAUCUUGGUUCAUAGGAUUAGAUGUUGAGCAUAUUGAUGACCGCAAACUAUGCUGUGGCACCCUACCUGAUUGUGAGUGGAAGGCCCAGGCAGGCAACACUUGUGUCGCCUCAUUCGAUUGGAGCUGUAGUGGUAUCUGUGAUUCUGUUGAUAGGAUCAAGGAAGUUCAUCAGCGUUGUGGCGAAAAUGAAAGCACAAUCUGGAAUGCAGUUUUUUGAUCAGUGUAUCCCUCUUAAUUGGGUAGAGGCUAUACUGUUGUAAAACUGUAUAUGUGUAUCAAUAGGAAAUGUAUGUUUGGUAGGGGAAUUGUAGUGGAAUGGUCUUUGGAAACGGCUCUCCAUUUUUACUAGAGAAGGCCCUAAAUCCAAAAUGGGGUUAGGUUGGGUGAAUGUGUUGUUUCCGAGCACAUUCUUUACAAUGUACUUGACAUUGUCUGUCUAAUCUCAUACAUAUGAUUACUGGUA